GACUACAUGGUCUAUGGUAAAAUAAUCUACAAAUACAAUAAAGGUUACAUUAUAUAGGAUUACAAUUUCUACGAGUACAGGAAAUGGGAUUAAACUAUCUACCACUACACGAAUUAUGAUUAUACGUCCUCAUACCUGAUCUACGAAUACCUGGUCAACCUUUGACCAUGCUGUACCUACGACCAUGUCAUCUACGAUCUACAUGAUCACUAGUUACAGUAUCCACAAAUACAUUAUACAGGAUUACAAUUUCUACGAGUACAGAAUCCGGGAUUACACUAUCUACGUCAUGACACACCACUGAUCAAUCUACGACACUACAUGGUCUGCGAGAGUACGUGCUCCACGAGCAUCAUGAAAAACGUAUAUAAACUGAAUUACAUUUAUACAAUUAAUGGCAUAAUAAUAAUUCUUACCAUAAAGUAUGAAAUAUGACAAAAUCAUUAUAUAAUAGAAUACAUAGGGGUUCGUUAUUUCAACAAGUCUUCUGUAUCCUGCCAAUGAUAAGAGACAUAAUUCUUCCCCCGACACCUGUGAUGUAUGUGGAAAUUGUUGACAAGUUCGGUGGUCUGUAUCCUGGCUUGAUGAAAACAUUACCGGCCAGCAACAGUCUGGGAAUGGAGGCACUAGACGAGUCCAUUGCUGUAGAGGGGUCUCCCACUCCUCCAGAUGGGAGCUGGGAGGACGGUGCCGCAUCAACACGUGGCUGAUGGGUGCAGGGCGGGGAUGCUGGGACACACACGGAUAAAGCGUCUGGGAGUCGGGUCUGCCGAACUCAGGACUCAGGACACAUAACGUACAGACACUAUAGAUACCGUUCACUACCGACUGGCAGUGGUCACAGAUCAUCAGCACCAGCAUAUUCGACAUUGAACAGUGUCAUGAGAUUUUUUAACACAGAGUUGCGAAACAUGCAUACAUGGAUGUUAAGAUGACCGUGUACCCAUUUACAUAGUCACCCUGUAGUGCGCCAGUACCUUGUAACAUGACAAUCACAGAUCUUAGAGUGAUGGCGGCCUGUCGUCUGUGUUACAUUGGGAACGAUAUUCGCUGACCGGAGGAUAAUGAUGCACGUGCAAUGUGGACAGUGGCCAUGCACGUGCAUGCUUGUGCUGGUGGUCAUCUGGGCAGGAAGUGACGUCAUGGGAACGGCCUGUCAACAGUGCGACUGCAUGGUCAAGGAUCCUGAAAACAAUCAUGGCGGAAUUACCAACAUUGUAGCUGCAUGUGAAGAGGGCAAGGUCACGUGGUUUACAACCAACGGAGCUCUUCGGAUCACCGUGAACCCAACGAAGUCAGGGCUAUUCCGGAUCUGCUUUCGUGUUGAAAGUGAUGCCUAUAAGACUGUUGUGUCUCAGGAGAUCCUGGCAACCAAACUGCAAAAUUACAGGCUGAAAACGACGACACAGGACAUUAAGUUAUCUCCCCUCCUUACCACCAGUGGCCUCAGCAAGGUGAACUGUAUUUCCGGUUCCGGUCCUACGCGAUUAUAUGUAGAGACUGAGAGUGAUGAUGAGGUUUUGACAGUGGCAAAGGUCAAGGUUGAAUACGACGUUGAGAAAAUCGGAGCUGGGUCAAGUCAAAGUCCAUAUGAAGUGUGUCGGCUCGUGCACGGAGCCAGGAGCUGCGCCAGGUCUGUCUGCUCCAGCCACUUCGUUGCUAUUGGAACCAUAGAUGACGUCACCCAUGACGAGGACACAAGUCGCAUCCGGGUCACAGCAUCAAGGGUUAUUUCCCAGAAAGAGGCUAUCUUCCAGAAGCCAACAGGCGGAAGUGCCGGUCCCCACGAACUGAAGGGCGUGGUACACGCCCCAGUCCGGUGCGGCAUCAGGCACGGGGUGGGGCAGUUCUUGUUCACAGGCCGCGUCCGUCUGGGUCAAGCAAUGUUACAGUGUGCCCCCCGUUAUGAACAAUGGAGGGCGGUGCUGAAAAUGGCCCAGGAAAAUGGCCAGUUGGAGUGUACACUGGACCUCUGAGUGGAUGUCUCAUGGAAACUGUUUGGACCUUUAAAUGUACUACUUAUUGGACCUUAACCGGACACUUAACUAGACCUUUAUUGAGCCUCUGAUUAGAUUUGAAGCUAGACCUCUAUCUGAACCUUCGUUUCGACUUUAGAUGGAACCUGAAACGAAGCACUUAUUUGAUCUUUAACUGGACCUUACGUCCACCUCUUAUUGGACCUUUACUGUAAUUUCUGAAUGGACAUUUAACUAAACCUGUCUUGACCUUUAACUGAACCUCGGAACCUUUAAACGGAUUAAAACCGAAAUCUCUGUAGAUCUUUCCUGCAAUACGACGGCCUGUGCAAUAUGCCUCUGGUUUCGCUCACCUGUGUGAGUGUUGCCACGUCGGGUCGCAACUGGACUGGUAGAAACCUGUAUCAUACACAUUACUGCCAGAUACUACUCAACAUCUACAAGCUUGUGUACCAAAGAUGAUAUGUAUAUAUAUUUUUCCUUUUCAGUUGCAUAUAUUUUGUGUAGUUACACAGAAGCGUCUGAGAGUGUGUAUCUGACAUUGCUGUUAAAGUUUCAGAUGUUUACAGACUAGUGUAGCAUUUACUACAUUAGUUGUGUUUGUUGACGUAUAUCUACUAUAUCUACAGAAGGCAGCAGUGUGUGUGUAGUGAUAGUGAACUCUGUGAUACCAUCUUCGGUCAUACUGACAAUCGUAGGCCCUGCCUACACCAUUAGCCUUCAAGUUGUGAUUCAUAGCUGUAGAUCCCAUGAUUGUAAGGAUAUUGCCUUGACACGUACUGACAUCAUACUGACAAUCUUAAGCCCUGCCUACACCAAUAGCCUUCAAGUCGUGAUUCAUAGCUGUAGAUCCCAUGAUUGUAAGGAUAUUUCCUUGACACGUAUCUAUGUCAGUUACUUCCGGAUGUCUGUAGGCAAUACAGGACUGACAAAUUAUGCAAGGAAUCGUUGUCGUUUAUGGAUUCAAGCAAAACAAAAUAGCAUCGCAAAUGCAUUAAACUCUAUGUUUGCUGCUUUCGUUCAGUAACCCACUAUAAUCUUGA